UGAAUAUUUAUAUUUAUUAAGUGCUAUUCGAGUUAUUAUAUUCCUUAACGCAGACGUUACCACAGACGUACACGGGAUCCAUACUGGUGGCUGUGAAUCCUUACAAAGAAGUGGACUUCUACACGAAUGAGUACGUGAAUCGAUACCACGGCCAGAAGAUGGGCGCCUUGGAGCCGCACGUGUUCGCCCUGGCGGAGGCGGCGUACAAGUCCCUGCAGGACACCGCGAGCAAUCAGUCCUGCGUGAUAUCGGGCGAGAGCGGUGCCGGCAAGACCGAGACCACCAAGUUCAUCCUGCAGUACCUGUGCUCGGUCACCAGCAACGUCGACACGUGGGUGGAACAGCAGAUUCUGGAGGCCAACACCAUCCUCGAGGCGUUUGGCAACGCGAAAACCGUGCGAAACGACAACAGCUCGCGCUUCGGCAAGUUUAUGCAGGUGUGCUUCGACAGCAAGUGGAUGAUCAAGGGCUGCAUCAUCCAGGACUACCUGCUGGAGCAGAGUCGUAUCACCUUUCAGAGCCCCGGGGAGCGCAAUUACCACGUGUUCUACCAGCUGGUCGAGGCCGGCACGAGGGACAAGGAAUUCGCGGAGCAAUAUAAGCUGAGGCCGGCCAGCCACUACAAAUAUCUCAAUCAGUCCGGCUGCGUGAAGAUCGAUGGAAUUUCCGACUCUAAAAGGCUCGACUCUCUCAGGCUCGCCUUCAAUGUGCUUCAGAUCGCGCCGGAAAUGUGCGAAGGCAUCUUCCGGGUUCUAUCGGCCAUCUUGUGGCUCGGGAAUUUAAGCUUCGAGGACGUCGACGGCGAGAGAUGCGAGUUGUCGAAGGAGGACGGUGACAUAGUCGACACGGUCGCGCCGCUACUGGGUCUCCAGGUGGAGGAUCUCACCAAAGUGGUGCUGAUACGACAAAUAAAUGUUCGCGGUAAUAUCACGGAAAUCCCGCUGAAGGUGCAGGAGGCCCGGGAGAAUAGGCACGCGAUGGCAAAAGCACUCUACUCCCGCACCUUCGUUUGGCUUAUCAACCACAUCAACAACUGCACGAACCCGGGCCAGGAUAUCUCGCGGUUCCUCGGGGUUCUCGAUAUCUUUGGAUUCGAGAACUUCACGCUGAACAGCUUCGAGCAGCUCUGCAUCAACUACACGAACGAGAAGCUGCACAAGUUCUUCAAUCACUACGUCUUCGCGUUGGAGCAGGAACUCUAUCACCAAGAGGAGAUCCAGUACUCCCACAUCACGUUCACGGACAACACCAUGUGCCUGGAGCUGAUCGAAAAGCCCCCGCGAUGUGUUCUUAAGUUACUCACCGAGCAGUGCCAUAUGCCGAAGGGCUCGGAUCUAGCCUACUUGACGAACCUACACGCUGAAUUUGAGAACCAUCCGUGCUACGUGAAGGGAGAUGACCGACGGAAAUGGGAGACGGAAUUCGGGGUCAAGCACUACGCCGGCUGCGUGACGUAUACCGUCGAAGGUUUUGUCGACAAGAAUCGGGACGUGCAGCAGGACGUGUUCUUCGACUUCAUGUCCAGGAGCACGAAUGAAUUCGUACAGGAGAUCAGCGUCUAUCAGGACCUAUUGGGAUGUACCGUCGCUCGUGCGACCGGCGGCACAACCACCACGAUGUCCCGAGGAACGUCCAAAGGCAAGCCGACCCUCUGCGACUCGUUCCGGCACCAGUUGCAGGCCCUGGUAGACGUGCUGCAGGCGACGACGCCGUGGUACGCGCGUUGUAUCAAGCCGAACAUGGAGAAGAUGGCCAAUAACUACGACGAGAAGCUCGUUAUGGACCAACUUAAGUAUCUCGGUAUGCUCGAUAUCAUACGCAUACGCAAGGAGGGCUUCCCGAUACACAUGUCGUUCCACGAUUUCGUUGCGAGAUACCGUUGCCUGGACAAGAGCCGAUCCUCGCUGUCCUCCAACGAGAAGGAAGCGGUUAGAAGUCUGAUUGGUAGGCAAGGUAUACCGCAAACUGAAUGGCAGAUUGGCCGGACGAAGGUGUUCUUACGGAGUUACGUGCACGAGCCUCUGGAAGAUUCCAGGAACCAGAUAAUAACGCGUAACGCCAUAGUGAUACAGAAGAUUUGGCGAGGAUACGUCAAACGGCGAGAGUACAAGCGUAUAAGGGAGGCGUCACUGAAGGUGCAACAUGCUUACCGCGGUUGGAAGCUGCGAAUAAUGUUCAUUAGGAAACGCAGGGCAGCUGUAGUAAUCCAGAGUCAUUUGCGAGGUGUCUUCGCGAGGGAAGUAGCCGCGGCUCUGCGAGAAAUGCGACGAGUCGACGAGGAAAUGAGAAAGAGGGAGCGAUUGGAGGAAGAACGAAGGAUGAUGGAGGACAAGAAGGCGUUGGAGGAGUGCCAGAGCGCGCAGUACGAUGGUAUUGCCGAGAUGGAAUCUGGGAGAGUGCAAGAAGAAAUCGACGCGCUGUCGCAGAUGGCCGAGCAGAUGAACUCGAAGAUGGCUACUACGGAUUUGCAAUCGGUGGACCUUGACAAUCUAUUCUCCUUCCUAUCCGAUGUACAAUCAACUAAGAGCAAUCAGAUUAUCGACGAAAUCGGGGAACAGAUGGACGAGUUGGUGGAGGACCUUGACGUAGAAUUAGAGACCGUUAUUCAACAAGAGAUGGAAAUGAAUGCCAAGGCUGAGUCAAAGGUCGCUUCUCCCAUUAACGGGCAGGAAGCGCAACAGCAGCAGCGAAUGCCAUGCACGAAUAGCUUGAGCAGCAGCAAACUUGGUCAACCGAGUCUUCCGGAACCCACGGAACCGCCACCACCGCCGCCACCCCCGGCGCCGCCCUUAGCUAUGAAUGGCGAUUCGUCAGACGACAACGGCGAGCCGAUUUACGAGUCGGUGUUGCCGCGGGAGGCGAACGAUCCCGGUAGUCCGGUCGUCCAUAACGGCGGUAGUCCGGGCCAGAUGCUGAACGGUGAGACCUGCGGAUCACCGCCACCGCCUCCGCCAGGCGGCAAAAUGACCAAAGAAAUCGCCGGUAGUCCGCCAUCCAGGCCGGAAUCCAGAAGCUCCGGUCACCAUCACGCUCACCAUCACCAUCACCAUCAUCAGACGAUACCUCAGGCACAGCAGAACGGCCACGAUCAGCCACAGCCGCAGUCGCAGGCGGCGCAGCAGCUGCCGGUGGAGCGCGAGCAGCGGCGCAAGUGCCGCGUGGAGCGCAAACUGCAGGAGCUCGAGGACAAGAAGGAGCAGGAGAACGAGGCGACCUAUCACGAUAUCGUAGAGUUCGCGCAGAACUACUUCAACAGCCACGAACGUUCGCCGGAGGGCACCAUAAUGGCCACGUUGACGAGGAAGUCGCGCGGCAAGAGCAUCGAGUUCAUUCCGAAGUACGAGAUGGUCACGUACUACAAAGGGUCCAGCAUCCCGAACUCGCAUAUUCAUAUGUACGAUCCCGAUAACGUGAAUGUUGCGUGUUCCGUAUUCAGGGACUUGUGUAAGUACAUUCGCGGUGAGAUGAAGCUGGACCAGGAGAUAGCUACGAUUCAGAGUAUCAUCGCUUACGGGAUCGAGCGGGAGGAGUUAAGAGAUGAAAUCUACGUGCAAUGCAUGCGUCAAGCGACGAACAAUCCUAAUGCCGAGUGGGCAGAACGCGUAUGGCUAUUGCUGUGCCUGGCGAUCGUCGCCUUCCAACCGAGCAAGCUACUUUACAAGUAUUUUGUCUCUUUCCUGAGGAAGAAUCUUGCCCUCGAGGGCAAACUGAGGCAGUAUGUGCAGUGGUGCGUAGACAACUGCAAGAACACGAAGGUAUCUUGCCGGCAACAUCCACCGUCCACGGUGGAGAUCGCUGCUAUGAGAAGACUGGGCACCAUAGUAUGCAGGUUCUUCUUCCUGGACGGAAGAACGAAAGCGAUCGAUGUACAUCCGACCGAUACGGCCGCUGACGCCGUCGCCAAACUAGGCGAGAAGUUGGGUCUUCGAUCGCUGGAGGGUUGGGCCAUUUAUCAAAGCAGACCGGAUGGAGAGGAGCAUGUGCGGGCCCACGAUUACCUGUACGACGUGAUUGCCGCGUGGGAAAUGAAACAAUGCAAAUUGAAUACGGCACAGUCGACAUUCUCAACGCUGCGACGCGGGAACAACACUACUUUGGGUAGCGGCGACAAUCGUUUUGUCUUCAAACGAAGAUUAUUCCGUAAUCCAAGGGAGAUCUCGCAGGACCCUGUGGAAGUUAAUAUGUUAUACGCGCAGGCGGUCUACAAUGUCGUAAAGUGCGACGAUUUUCCGGUAUCCGAGAAAGUGGCAUUACAAUUGGCAGGAUUGCAAGCCCAGGUGUCCCUCGGCGAUCCUAAGGAUAACGACAGACUGGAUUAUUACAGCGAAGUGGACAGCUUUCUGCCGUACAGAAUCAGUCGGGCUCGCGGCGACGACGUUUGGGUGCCGAUUAUAGCGCAAGCACACCGACAAUACGGUGCCGGACGCAAAGAGCUCGCUGCCAAAGUCCUCUAUCUGUCCUGCGUUAUGCAAUACCCGCUUUACGGCACAACGAUGUUCAACGUGACUUAUCGCGGAUAUUGGUCUUAUGGCAAUCAAUUGAUUCUCGGCAUCAAUUGCGACGGUCUGAUGCUAAUCAAGCCGGAUGACAAAUUCGUCCUGUCCGAGUAUCGUUAUCAGGACGUUGAGAGCAUCAUGCUGGACCCGAGUGACUCGUUCAUCACGCUCUCGCUGCUACGACACAAUCCCGACAGUUCGCACAAGUGCUUCGUUUUCGAGACCCUGCAGAAGAACGAGAUAGGCAGUCUGAUCGUCAGUUACUGCUCGGCGCUGGCGGGUUGGAUCACGGAGAACGAGAUACCCACGAAGAAGCUCAAGUGUAUCACCAACGAGGAUCGCAUCCGGCUCUACCAUAAUCUGGUCAACUGCCGGCGAACUCUAGUCGACUCGGAAAUCCUCAGGAAACCGCAGGAUUCCGGCGGUGGUUUCCUCCGGAAUACACUCAGGAGAUUGUCGAAGCACCGGAUAGAAAAGCUCAGGCAGGAACACGGAAGUGCCGAUCACGGUGAGACUUACAAGGGUUUCCCGUAUGCUUACUGGGCGUUCAGCAGGCAACAGAUACCGCAGAGUCUGUCGAAGCUGCCCGAUCCCGACGAGCAGGUGGCUCUAAAUAUCUUCCAGUUGAUUCUAACUUACGCUGGACUCGGCCAGAACGGGGACACGGUGCGUAGGAUCGAGGACGAGCACGUGAAUCUCAUACAAACCGUGAUGGAGCGUUGCAUACGAAAGGAGAACCUGCUAGGCGAGUUGUACCUCCAGCUGAUCAAGCAAACCACCGAUCACCCGGAUCCUAAUAAUCGUGUCAAUCUGCGACACUGGGCAUUACUCUCGCUCGCGUGUUCCGUGAUCCUGCCGCCUCAGAAGACCAUACGCAAGUACUUGAUCGCACACCUGAAACGAUGCGCCAGCGAUUACGUCACCGAGGAGGGCAAGUACGCGAGGUUCGCGGAAAAGUGCCUUUACAAGACUCAGGGCACUCGUAGGCGGCAGUGGCCGCCGAGUCGCGAGGAGAUCAUGUGCACCAUUAAUCGCCGGCCGAUUUACGCGAGAUUCCACUUUAUGGACGGUCAAUACCACGCCGUUGAGUUUCAUCCAUCUGCGACUGCCAGAGACGUCAUGGAGAUCAUAAAGGCGAAGAUGGGGCUUGAGGAGACUGCUAUGGGCUAUGCGAUUUACGAGGUGUUGGGGCCGACCGAGCGAUCGCUGAUUCCUGAAGAGAAGAUAGCCGACGUUAUGUCCAAGUGGGAACGGUACAGGGCGUCGCAGCAGGGUCAGCAGGCACGCAAGCAUGCGCAUCACCUCUUCCUAUUCAAGAAACAUUUGUUCUUGGAUCAAUAUAUGAACUUGGAUGACCCCGUGGAAAAGGAGUUAUUGUAUCAUCAAGUGCUGCACGACUUGCGAGCCGAUCGGUUCCCGAUCACCGAGAAAGAAGCUAUGAUGCUGACGGCUUUGCAAGCGCAGUUGGAAUUGGGCGACUGUCUGGAAACGAUAUUAGAACCGGAUUAUCGAACGAUAUCGAGUCACUGCCUAUCAGCGAGACUGGUGCCGUGCCUGUGCGUGGAUGGUGUGCGCCAGCACCAUCAAUCCCUGCGCGGAAUGACGCCGCCGGAGGCGAAGAAGGCUUUCCUAAAUCUGAUCCAGUCGUGGCCGUUGCAUCGCGCGACGAUCUUCGACGUGAUGCAAUCGUUCACUUCGAAUUGGCCUCGUGUCCUCUGGCUGGCCGUCGAUCAGCAGGGUCUACAUCUUCUGGAACACCGUUCCAGGAACGCCCUAUGUACUUACGAAUAUAGCAGUAUUUUAAGUUAUACGCCCGCCGUUAAUUGCUUGAUGAUCAUUACCGGUACGGAUAAGAAGCAGAGCAAGGUCAUCCUCACCACGUCGCAG